CAGUCGCAGCGCUGGACGGUGACGUUUGCAAAUCUGAUGUUUGUGCUUUGUGGCUAUAAGGUGGGAGCGUCACACUCUUAAACAGCAAAAUAUUACGUCAAUUUUGAUGAAUUGUCGAUGUCGGGAUGUUAAAAGGAGAAGCAGGGGUUUGUGUUUCGGAUUUACGCGUACUGGCUUUAACCAUGCUUUCUGAAGGCCUGUUUUGAGAGGAAAUCCCCGGACUGAACUGCGACUCCAGACCAGUGUGAGAGGAUAUGCCACGGGAGAGAAAGCUGCUUACACUUCUGUUUUCUUCGCCUGUUUGACCUGUAAAUCAAACGGCAAGUGCCUGAAAUAAAACUCAAAGACUUGUAUGAAGUAUGGGACUGUCAAGCUAACAUGGAAAUUGUGUUUAAACAGAUCGAGCGGGUGAGGUUUGUGGAGUAUUAGCAGGCGGUAGUUGGUUCUGAUAACCAGGUUGUGGAAUAGUUCAGGUGACCCUGAAAGUUAUUAUUUAUUUAUUAAAAGCUACGAAACACGACAACUUGACCGUACUUAUGUCUUGUCAGUAACAUCAGAAAGACAGCGACGUAUUAAACACAACGACAAGUUAUCUUAAGCAACAGUAUUUAAUAAUAUUGACUAUGUAAGGCCUAAUUGAAUGUGUAUUGUGUUUGAUAAAUCUUAGGCAGUUUACUAUUCAAAAGUAUUACUUGGAGCUUGAAGUCUAGUUACAUCCUCAAAAGUGUUGAAAUCACCUGUAAGGUUGUGUAACUCGGUCUCUAUAAUCUUGAACAAGGAUACCACACCGUUUGCUGAAUUGGCUCAUCAUGUCAUAGAGACCAUUGAACAGCUCAUUCAACUGUUGUUUAUUGAUGUCUGGGACACCGAUUUCUAAGGUUUGCCACUACCAGAGCAUUUACAACUGAGGAGUACCCAAAUCCAUCACAAUGAACCGAUACCUGCCCGUGGCACGGCAGCACUUUCUGAGAGCUCUGGCCAGCACCAGCGUGGUGGUGAAGUCCAUCUGUGCCACAGUGAUUCUGCUGUACCUGCUCUCCUGGGCUCUUAACACCUCUUACCUGCUCGGUGUCACUCCUGGCUACCUUUUCCCACCAAAUUUCUGGAUUUGGACACUGCUGACGUAUGCAGUGGUGGAGCAGAACAUUCUUGGCAUGGCGGUGAACGUUGCUACCGUAAUGGUCGCCGGGCGUCUGUUGGAGCCCCUGUGGGGAGCCAUGGAGCUGCUUAUCUUCUUCGCAGUGGUAAACAUAGCAGCCGGUUUCCUUUCCGGACUCUCUUACCUUCUCACCUAUGCUACAACCUUUGACCUGGACUACCUGUUUGCUGUGCGGGUGUAUGGUGCACCUUCUUUUCUCGGAGGUGUUCUCGUAGCGCUGAAGCAGACUACAGGGGAUACAACAGUGCUCAGAGUUCCACAGGUACGCUUAAAAGCUGCACCAGCUCUAGCUCUGCUGGCAAUAGCCGUCCUGAGACUAUCAGGACUGCUGGACACUUCAGCACCUCUUGUGGCGUGUGGGUACGGCAUCCUGUCCGGGUGGGUUUACCUGCGCUUCUAUCAAAGGCAUCCAAGGGGGCGUGGAGACAUGUCAGAUCACUUCGCCUUCGCCUCUUUCUUCCCUGAAGCCCUGCAACCAGCCGUAGGCUUUGUAGCUGGGCUUGUGCACGCUAUUUUGGUGAAGAUGAAAGUUUGCCGUAAGAUGGUGAAGCGUUAUGAUGUUGGGGCUCCGUCCUCCAUUACCAUAAGCUUGCCAGGCACAGACCCACAAGACGCAGAGAGGAGAAGGCAGUUGGCAUUGAAAGCGCUUAAUGAGCGUCUGAAGCGUGUGGAAGACCAGUCAGCUUGGCCCAGCAUGGAGGAUGAAGAGGAUGAUGAAGAUGAUGAGGUGCGGACAGACACUCCGCUCCUUUCAACCCGUGACACUACACCACCAUCACCCAGCAAUGCUCAAAAUACCACGGGACAACAGGAGUCCAGCAUUAUAAGUUUUGAAGAUGCCCCGACUCGUUCAUAACAAAUACACAUGAAAUUCACCUUUUGUCCAACAGUAAAAUGUACUUUUACAAUCACAAAUGCUACUGGAGACACACACUUCCUGGUAAUGUCUUACAUACACGAACAUAAGUAGCCACUAAGAGAACACGGUAAAAAAAACUUCAGCCCAAAAAUGCAAACUAAACAUUUUACCAAGACAUCCACAGCUGUACAAAAACCUUGGACUGUAAAAACGAAAUCUUUCCCCGUGGCCUCUUGUGUAAAGGUUCUGGGAUAUGUGUUUUCUGAAUAAAUGAUUGAUGAGAUUAAACUGUUUAUAAAUUUAUGUAAGAAUGUUUAUGGGUAACUGUUGCCUGCUUUCUUUUUCUUGGUUUGGGAUUUUUUUGCCUUGCAUCAGGAUAAAAGCAAAAGUCUUGAUGUCGAAGAUGGGAUUAACAAAAUCGAAAGGUGAAGAAUGUUUAUGCCAAUUUUGGGACCUUUCAAAGAAAACCUGAUCAGAAGUUGUGCUCCGAUCCGAAUAUGGCCCAGUGAUUCUUGUUUUCAAGAAAGAUACAUUUGUGUAUGGAGGAGAGUUUAACAGUCAUUUCAAAUAUAUUUUUAUUCCGAAUAGCUUGAAAUGAUAAUAGCAAUACAGAAUCUAAUUCUGUCCCCUGUUGUACUCGUUCUUUCCUCAUCUGUACUUAAAUAACUUGUCUGUAAGUGUUGGCUUUAAUAAGAGUAAUGCACUCUAAUUUAUGAGCUUGCAUAAUGGACCUGUUUUUAUAAAACACGUAUUGUCUACACAGUGUGGCUUUAGUUGCGUUGAAUGCAGGUUCUGAUACAAUGCCAGCAUUUUCUUCUGGACAAACUAGAUUUGUUUUUGUGUAGGGUUGGUGGAUUUUCACAAUUUUUUUUACCGUUAAUUUGUGUUUUAGGCAAAUGUUAAUCUAUUUCCUAUGGUUCAUACUGUAGGUGUCCGCCUUGAUGUUUUUCUCUCCUUUUCUGUUUCAGGUUUCAGCCUAAUUUUCUGAUCUCUUUUCAUCUGUAAUAAAAACUGAAUGUAGAGAACA